CUAGAACAUCACUAUUGCCUACAAGGGCAAGGUUAAUGCAUCACCAUUGUUCGCAUUACUCUUCGUGAUUCAGAAAUGCUCCCAUACAUUCUUGGUCUGCUGGUGCCUUCGUUGUUUUUCAUUCGCUGGAUCAGGGAGAGGAAAAGUGUAUCCGACCCAUCGCUGAAAUAUGUCUACAUCACUGGCUGUGACACGGGCUUUGGGAACCUCUUAUCUAAACACCUGGAUCAGCUGGGCUUCCGAGUCAUUGCAGGCUGCUACACAGAAAAAGGGGAAGACGAACUGAAGAAAGCAGCUUCCGACAGACUGACAACUCUGCCCCUGGAUGUCAGCAAUGCAGACAGCGUCAGCAAGGCAGCAGACAGCAUCAAAGCCCUGGUUGGAGAGAAAGGUCUGUGGGCUGUGGUGAACAACGCGGGGAUUUCCCUGCCCUCCGCCCCCUACGACUGGUUGAGGGUGGACGACUUCAGGCCCAUGCUGGAGGUCAACCUGUACGGGGUCAUCGCCGUGACCCUCAGCGUCCUGCCACUCCUCAAGAGGGCCCGGGGUCGCGUGGUCAAUGUGGCCAGCGUCUUUGGCAGGGUCAGCCCCUUCGGAGGACCCUACUGCCUGUCCAAGUAUGGAGUGGAGGCCUUCAAUGACAGUCUAAGGAGAAACAUGGCUCCUUUUGGAGUGAAGGUGCUGUGUAUUGAGCCCGGGUUUUUCAAAACUAGUGUCACAGACACGAGUAUGAUUCUGAAGAAUCUGAACGGCUUAUGGAACCGAUUACCCCAAGAAGUUAAAGACGAGUAUGGAAGCAAUUACUUGGAUAGAGUCACCCAUACGUUGGAGGACAGCUUACUGAAGAUGCUGGACAGUGACCUCAUGAAGGUGGUGAGCUGCAUGACCCACGCCGUCAGCGCAGCGCACCCCCGAACCCGCUACUCGCCCGGCUGGGACGCCAAGUUCUUCUGGAUCCCCAUCUCAUACAUGCCAACAUUCUUGCAAGACAGAGUGCUGGCUAAGAAUGCAGUGAGACCUGCGCUAGGUUCAGCCAAACUAUUGGCGCUCAAAUAACAUGAAAUGUAAACAGUGUAGCGGCGCGUGCUGUGAUAUUCCAUGGUACUGUGCAUGGGAUACAGAAAGGAAGGUUGCUUAGAGAGACAAUGGCUACGUUUACAUGACGAUUUUAAUUCCAAAUGAAUAAUUCAGACUUAAAUAGUUCCAUUGAGUUUCCUUUGUUCUUUCAUUUAAUUCCGAAUUGAGAAGUGUUUACAUGACGUUUCCAAAGUGGAAUUAAGCUUUAUUUAGAAUUAAAUGGGGUUAAUUCCGAAUGAAAUGUCUCGUGUAAAAGUAGCAACUGUCGUAUGACAGACAGUGUAGCGAGAUGUUGUGAUGUUCUGUGAUGCUGAUUAACCCAUUCAUGCCAGAUGCUGCUUAGCGCAACGUUGACCCUAGCGCCGGGAGAUGCAUGAUGCACCUUUCAGGCUCAUGAAAUUUGAGAUGUUUUAAAAUUAAAAAUGUUCGAAUGUUAAAACAUGUUCUAAGCCUUAGACAUUUAACAGGUGUUUUUUUCAUGGGUUUUCAGCAUAAAUGGGUUAAUAAGCCAUAUAUAAGAGAUAUUUUUAGCAAAUGAUCAACGAAACUCGAGUGUGCAAUGCUACUGAUGCAGCUAAAUCUGAUGGCUCCACUUGCCGUUUGAGAGGCCGACUGCAAACGUGUUCUCUACAUAUUUCAGAUUCAGAAGGCUUGUGGUGCUAUUUGUCUUUUUUCUCAAGAACUACUGUAAAGAUUAGUAGAGUAAACUUGAUGUUUUGUAAUACAUAGGAAGAAAUCUGUUACAACAUGUUGUGUGUUUUAUUUUUGCAAUAGUAUUUUUUGGAGUAGACUUUGAACACUCCUUUGUUACUAACAUAAUACAAGUUUACAUUCACAAGCUAUUUAAGCCAUUGUGUCCUUUAGCGUCAUAUUCGCUGCAUUCAAGUUGUUGAGAUUUGAGCUGUUUUCUUUUAAAUGUGGGUAUGUUAGAGCAGAAUGAACACUUUCUAGUGCAAAAUGAAGGUUCUAGCUUUGAAAUGCAACUUAUUCCAUGUUUUUAUGUGCUUCGGAGGUUGAGAUAUUUAGGUUUUAAUAGAGAGAGGGCACCUUUUCCCCAAAAAGGGCUUAGGACAAAAUGGGUUAAAUGCCAAGUGCCAAGUGUUAUGUACUGUAGUACUGUAAUCUAUUGAGGAAUGCCUAUGCCUCAGGGCAGGUAGCCGAGAAUAGGAAGAGGAAUUUGGUUGUGAUAAUCAUAUGAGUGGCUUCUGUUGAGGUCACAUGACAUGACAUGGGGGUGGGUGGGGUGCUUUUUUGUUCAGGAAUGGAGGUCAGGCGCUGACGUUUUUAUGUGUGUACUGGAGGGAAAACAGAAGUUCUCUGUUUGUGCAAUCAUGUGUUGUUUGAA